GGGACGCGUUUGGCUGUAGGGACAAGGUGCUGCCGGGCUGCUGCUAUGGAGCCGGGACAGGAGGAGGAGGAGGGGGAAGAAGAAAGGAUUCCGCCCAUUGCAACAACUCCACCACGUCGUAGCUGGAAGGAGGAGUCCUUAAGCCGCAGCAGCAGUGACACCCAGGCCUCGGUCACCAGUGGGAUCUCCCUCGGAGAAGCCAUCCGACAGAAAACUGCUGCUAGCUGGGGAAUCGAGUCAUGGUAUCAGCUUCCACCAGAAGUUGAUGGGAGCAACUUAACUGCUGCCUCAGGAACAAAGCUUGGCCUGACUUGUGAUAAAAGUGACCUAACAGAGUUCCCUACACUGGAAGAAGGAGUCCUGCCUUCAGCAGAAGCAUCUAGAAGGCAGUAUCCUGGAGACACAGCACAUGGAUUACUGCUGGACAUUCAGGACAGUCAAUCUUCUCCCCACCUUCCACUGCUGAGGUAUUUGCAAGGCCGAAGAUUUUCAGAUGAGACUCCUCUCCAGCAGUCUAAAAUGAAUUUUAGACCCUUAAGAGGAGUCCCUGAUGUUUCUGGUGUGUCUGAGGAGCACUCAAAGCUUUCAUAUGGCCCUGAAGCUGUCUCACUGACAGACGGAAGAUUUCCUUCUGGUGCAUCCAGUGGCAGCUUUACUUUGUCCCAACAUCCCCUGUCGUUCAGAGCCCUGGAACCUUGUGAUGCCAGCUGUAGUGGUUGCUUGUCUCAACAAACCUCUCUUUCUGGACAAUUACUUGAGAACAAGGAGGCAAAUGGAGGCUAUAAAAACAGAGCUGAUGAGGAGGCAUCAGUUCUCCAAACAAGAGACAGCUUAGCAAACUCUGCUUCAGAGGUUAUGCUAAGCAAGGCCAAUGGACUGAGCCAAGCGGAAGCUCCUCUGGCAUCUGUAAAAGAUGAACAAUUCCCCUGCAACAGCAACGUGGCAGCUGCUGGUUUUGAGCUUUCUGAGAAAGAAAAAGGUUCACUGAGGCAUGAGGAGUUCUCAUCUUCAGAAAACUCCUCUUGUAAAACAGCUCUGACUAAGAACUCAGAAAAGGGUGAGAGAGAGAUGCCAAAGGGAAAGGUGAAGACAUCCGAGAGUGAACCAGAAGGGUGUGUGAGGCAGGUGGAGGAGCUGGAAAAAGAGAAGAAGAUGGUUCCUGAGCUUGGUUUGUCUAGUAAUUUAUUUGAUGAGCUGAAGGAAGACAGUUGUAAAAAUUUGGAUGCUCAAGAUGUUUUUCCUGCAGACACUUCUGAAAUGGGCAAAGGAGUGUCCAGGGAACAUGAAGUGGAUUUAAAUGGCUCUGGAAGCAUGAAGUUUGUAGCUGUUACUGAGGAACUCCAGCAGGCUUCCCUCAUUCGACAGAGAGAACCAACUCCUGCAGUCAGAUUUGAGAAGGAGGAGUUUAUCCCUGUUAUGACAACCACCAGUGGCUGUGCAUCUGAGCAAUUAGUUGUGAUUGGUGUGGAAACUCCUUCGUGCAGGGAGAAUGCCUCUGUGGAAGCAGAACCUGAUGCUAGCAGGAACGAAUUGACUAUCUCAGGUGUUUCCAUUGAAAGGGGACAUACAGGCGCAGUCAUUUCCCCUUCCUUUAACAUUGUUGGUGAUGGCUCCUUCUCAGUACAUUUAGCUCAUCCAAACUAUCAGUCUACUCCAGGGGUACUUCUAAAGAAAAACUUUAAGGCAGGAGAAGCUGAUGGUGGUGUGAUCAAAUCAGAUGCUCAGGCCGCUUCUGCAUGCAUCAAUGAAGACACCUCAGGAAGCUCCUCUGCCAGCACACCUGUGUCUUUUGAAAGGCAACGUGCACUCCAGUGUGCUCAGAAGGAGAGCAGUGAACAUUUGAAGUCCUUAAAAUGGAAAUAUCCCUACACUGGAAGAAUUCAGUCUCUCCCCUCCCUCAGCUUCAUGGAGAAGGUGAGGGCGUGGAGUGUGAGCCAGCCAGAGGAGGUAGCUGAUGCGGUGACUCUGUGUGACCCAGAUGGAGUUUCUCCUGGAAGGAAAGCCCACAGUGCAAUUGCCAGUUCUUCAGACUGUGUGAGGUUAACACAAAAAAGCAGUAGAGACCCCAAAGAUGCUAUUGGGGCUUCCUCUAGAGAGAUGGGUUCCCUGGCAAGUUGGCACUAUCAUAACAAAAGCUUGCUGCUUGCUCAGCCUCUGACACGAUCUCAGUCCGACAACACUGUCAAUCUCUGCAGCUGGAAUGUGGCCCUGGUUGGACCUCUUCCACCAUCAAACUCGACAGAAGCAGUGCAGCUACUGAAAGAAACCAGAGAUGUUUUAGAAGAAAAAAGCGAUGCUUUAGGAGUGUCUGAAAAGAGUUCAGGGGGCUCUCUGCUGCAGAAGUCCACAGCUGAGACUGUUUCUGGAUGUAGUGGUGAAGAUGCAGGCAGUAGAGGACACACCUCAGAGCCAAAUGUGCUUGUUUCGGGUGAAGGAGUUGCUCAGCUCCCUGGAGAGGAGAGACACUCGCCAACUGAUGAACAGAAGAGUUGUGAUGCUCCUGAAAAGCAGUCUCACAAGCUGAAUCUUCAUCCUGGCCAUGUCAGCAUGGAUUAUUUUGGUGAUAUUUCUCCAGAUAGUUUGAAUCUUGUGAGUUCUGGGGAGAGCAGCUACAGGGCUGCAGGAUGCUCUGCAGUGGCUUCCAGGCACUCCUGCCCCAGUGCAGAUGAUGAUGACUUCAUCCCUGUUGGAGCAACUUCUUUGGGAACUCCAGAGAAAGAAGAGCUUAAUAUUGAAGAAAGGAUCCCAAUUUAUCUUCGUAACCUUGGCAUUGAUCAGUCACCUGGAACCAUACUGACCCCCUUUGUACCCCGAGGACCCAUCAGGGAAGUUGAAUUUUCCCCUUCAGAGCUUAGAACACUGAAGGACUCCACUGACACUCUGACAAGGACUGUUCCACAGCCACAAGGCAGAACAUUGUCAGCGCUUGAAAUUGCACAAACAAGUUUUAACUUUGGCACUUCCACUCUCAGUGUGUCUGUACCAACAAAUUCAGAAGCUGGCUCUGAUACUGUGUCACCUCCUGAACUCUCUCCUCAUUUCUCAAGGUCCUUUGGAGAUAGAGCAGUGAGUCAGCGCACUGUGUCAAGACACCAGCCUGAGAUGGCUGCUCUGCUUUCCACACAGCAGGAGGCAGAGCACUCAGGGGUCUCCAGAGCAGCCCAGCUAAACCAGCAGCUCCAGUCUGUUCCACCCAACUGCAGUUCUGGCAGAGAGGCUCCUGUGCUCCUUGCAAAGAGUACUCAGGAUGUGCUGGCUGAAAAAGAGUCAGAGGAUGCGAGUAGGAGCCCACCGAGAUGGGCUGCUGCAUCUUUGGCUGGGCUCAAGAGUGAAAUGGAAGUUGUCAGAGGAUCACAAAGUUCAAGGGUAGGCAGUAAGAGUCAAGGAAGUCAUUCUGUGCUUGGUUCUGGGGCACUGCAAGAGAUACAUAAGCUGCUGGCAGAAGUCAAAGAUAUAGUUGGCAUGAGAAGUGAUCCUCUCUCUUCCACUGCCUCGUCUAGAGAAGCUGCUGAGUCUUCCCCAGUGCUGGUUAGCAAGGAGGAUGGCCCCAAAGAUUGCAGGUUAGUGAAAGACAACGUCCCUCAGGAUGAGAAGAUCCUGUUAUGGGAUGAGCCUACAACCCACAGAAGCAUGCAGGAAGAGGGGUUGGUGAUAAGGCCUCUGAAUUCUAACACAUGCAGUUUAAGGCAGGAAAAUUCUGCCCUCGGUUUGCACAGCAGUAAAGGCAUGAUGAGUAAAGUGAUCCUGGACAGCAGGACAGCAAAAUCUGUAGGAAGGGCUGAGCCAGAAGGUUGUAGCAGUGUCACCACAGAUAGAAAUCAGCCUGGUCUUGUGGGUCUUGCACAAAGCAAGGGCAGUAGUGAGGUCAGCACUCUAAGAGCUUCAGAGCUGGGAAAUCCUCCUUCCUUGGAGCCCCAAGACAGCAUCACUGAAGUGGCAGGAGGAUCCCUGAGCACACUGUCCAAAGGCAGUGUGGCUGGAAGCAAGGCAGGAGGCACAAGAGGGAGCGAUGAUGUCAGCAGUGGGGACUCCCUAGCUGCCCGUGUCAAAAGCCUUCUGAGGAAUCCUGCUUCCUCUGAGCUUCCAUCCAGUGCCACCCAUGUUCCAGGAGACUUCCAGAGCAUAUUGUUUAAAGCUAGUUCAGCCAGGAGCAAGGCAGGAGGCACUGGAGAGAGCGAUGACAGCAGCAGUGGAGAUUCGCUGGCUGCCCAUGUCCAACACCUGCUGAGAAGGGGCUCCCCUGGGGUACACACAGCCCAAAUUCUGAGUAGCACAGAUGAAGAGGAGAGGACAGCACGAGCACGGGUGAAGCUCAAACUGGCCAGCUGCUCUGAGGAGUCUCUGUCAGACUGGAAUGAAGAAGACAAGAGAAGAAUAGAGGAAAUAAAGACAGAGCUGCUUCGGAGUGCCCAGAAAUCCACCAUGGCCAAGGAUCCCUGUGAUUUGAAGGCUGCUUCUGAGCACAGCUGUAAUCAGCAACAGGACACAGAGCAUUUCAAAGCUCCAAGUGACGGAACAUUUCAACCUGACAACCAGCCACAAGGCACCAGGAGGAAGGAGCUUGCAGAGUCAAGCUUAGGACAGUCUGUGCCAUUACACAGAGCUGAUCCUUCUGAUUGUUGCCUGCUGAAGGACAGGCACUUAAAAUCUUUGAGCACCAUUCAGUCCAGUACCUGCCAUCAACAUCAGGCAGCUGCCACUUGUCAUUCUGAUGCUGUUCAGCUUCAUCCACCACGGCAGAAGGCAUGGGACGUGUGCACAGUGAGGUCUGCAGCUGCUGCUGCACACACAGCAGCCUGUUUACCAGCACAGAAACAGCUGCUCAUGGACACACCUUGUGAGGAUGCAGCUAAGCAAAUCGCUUCCAUCACCUUUGCAUCCCGAAAGCGUUUGCAAUCACCACUGGCUUCUGUGGCACUCAGCAGCAGUCUUCCUGGAGAUAGUCUUGAUGGCAUAAAGCCUUUGGAAGGUGACUCUACUGGCACCGAGGCAGAGAGCCAUGACACACAAUGUGAGGAGAAAUCUGAGAGCUGGCCUCCUCCAAGUCCGGUGCUUGCUGGCUCAGUGGCUAAUGAGAGUGUUUUUACUGCUGAGAGAGACAGAUUUCAUCAUGUCUCUGCUGACAGGAACAGAGCUGGAGCUCAUCAAGAAACAGACUGUUUGUCAGAGCAGGAUUCUGUAAGCAUCCAUGCCGAGAAAAGACAGGCCCUGAGUUCAAAAAGAUCUGAUGUGACUGCUUUGGGCAGGCACAGUGCCAGACUCAUGGGGCUUGACUGCAACACAAGAUCAAAUCAAGAAACGAAUAGACUUGAUCAAUCCCAUUCUACAAGCUCUCACAAGCAGGAGAAAUGCAGCCCACCUGGACACAUCAAAUUGUUUCAGAGCUUGGAAGGUUCAGAUUCAGCCCUCCAAAGUGAUUUGCUGAAGGGCCACAUUAAGUUACUGGGAGAAAAGAAAAGUCCUUCUGGUGAAGUUCCUCCCGUUCAGAAGGAGGCUGUGAUGGAGCAAAUGGUUUUGUCUCACCAUUCAUCUGUGGAUGACAUUCUAUCCACUUCAUCUGCACCUCCUUCCUCACCAACUAAGAAAGCUCUUUCUUGUGUCCACAUAACUCUUUCCUCCAAGUGUAGUAGCCCAGAGCUGCAUAGGGAUGUGAAUGCUGGCAGUGAGAGGAGGUGGAGGGAUGACUCUGAACCUCAAACCCAACCAAUGGCUUUAAAAGCGCCAGAAACUUCAAUAAAAGCUGUUUCUAAAUUAUCAGCUGCUGAUCUUAUUCCAGAAGAUGAAAGGUGUUUAUCUCUUCCAGCACCAGUGUCUUCAGCAGAUCCCUGCCUGUCGCUUCCCUUGGUUCCAGUGACAGCAGGGCAAGAGCUGCCUCUGCAAAACAGUGAGAGACCACAAGUCACUGCUCUGGGCUCAGGGACAUGUAGCCUGAAGAACAUCUCCAACUCUGCAGUCCCUGCAAAAACUGGGAAAAGCACUUCUGAUGCCACCACACAGAUAACAACAGAAAGCCCUGAGAAAGUCACCUUUUCUGCAGAGAUUUAUGUUCAGCCACAAGACAGUGACCAGAUUGUCCCCCAGACAGCACCAGAGCUUCCCAGCAGUGCCACAGCAACCCUCAGCAAGGCUGCUUCUUCCCCGAGACACAGUGCUCAGCCCAUACUGCUGCCCUACAAGCCCUUGGGAAGCACUGGGAUGUAUUAUGUUCCCUAUCUGAAGGCAAGAUCAAAGAUGUCUGCAGCUGGGCCAGAAGGCAGUGUUGAGAACUCUCACUCAGAUCAUUCAAAGGCUGUCAAAUGCACUCAUCCCUUCUUCAAAUCUGCACAGCCCUACCUUCAGCACCCAACACCCCUCUGGGAGAGCUCCCUCCCAUCAAACAGUGAGCUGUCAGAGGACAGUGCUGGUGUUGGCCACCCUAGGCCUUGCUCAAGGUCUGUGAUGCAGCAUGGCAAGGAAGCAUCUCGCCAGCAGCUUGGUUCCUCUGUUUGGUGUAACAAAGAUGGGGAAGAUGAAUUCUUUCCACUCACUGCAAGAGCAGAUUACAGCAAGAAUGAGAAUCUGAGCAGCAGCACAUCUCUGGGGAGUGAAACCCCGGGGAAGGAGCUGCAGCAACAUGGCAGAAGAGGAGCAGAGCAAAAGACCACUAGAAAUUGUCCUUUGCCAGGGAGCCAAACAACUCAUCUUAAUGAGAAUGUGGAGAGAGACUCAGCACCAAGACAGAGAGCUCGCUCCAGUGGUAGCUUGGAUGAACUCUGGGUCAAGUUUUUGGAGUGCCAGAAGAAGCACCAGCACUAUGAUUUCAGGAGGAACGGUGAGCUGACCCUUGUGGAGCGCCUCGAUCGACUGGCCAGGGUCCUGCGGAAUCCCGUGCAGCACACACUGAUACCAACUACGUCUGAUGAGAGGUUUUCUGAGGAGAAAAUCAAGGCAAGCAAACAGAAUAAACCAGGACUGGCUGAAAAGGGCAUGGCUGAAAGGACCUCAGAGCCUAAUGCAACACGUGUCAAAGGAAGACCACGCCUCACCCAUGAGAAAACUGACUUUGUUGAGCUCAGGAGAAGCAGGGCAGGAGACAAAAUGAUUUGCCACACAGAUAAACUUCUGGAGCACCAGCAGUACUUGGAGACUCCCAGUGACACUUGCUCAGAGACCAGGCUCAGCGGAGAUCAUGGCACCACCAUCAGUUCCACCACUUCAGACUGGGAUGUGGUGACCCAAACAGAGAUGGAGACCUCUGCUCAGACUGAGGUGAGCAGCUCCAUCUCCACCAUCGACACUGCCAGGCUGAUCAGGGCCUUUGGGCGUGAGAGAGUGCAGCUGCCAGCCAGGCUCUCCCAGCUCUACUGCACCAUCAGCCUCCAGAAGGGUCGCUCUGAGAAGAGGCAUGAGGGAAGUGGCGACAGAGUGGGUGUAGAACAUCGAAAGGCUACUUCUGAGCGACACAGGAAGAGGAAGGAGAUGCAGAAUGCAAUCUCCAUUUCAUGGGAUUCAACUUCAAGCAGCAGUUCUUGGGGGCCGAGCUCUGCUCUUAGUAACAAACGACGGACACGGAUGUUGAACAAAGGCAUCCAGGCAGGAGACUUGGAGAUCAUGAACAGUGCCACAAAGAAAAACACUCGAGAUGUUGGAGUGACUUUUCCUACUCCAAGACCCAGGCAGCCAAAUCAACGGCCACAGGAACCCUGGCAUGGUGUGGAAAGUAUUUUAGGAGAGUCAGAUGGUGUGGUCACAGAUCACCAGGCAGCAGGGAGCCAGGGGAAACAGAAAGGACAACCAGGCAAUUUCUUCAUGGAGAAAAGGACAAAAAGGAACAGGCUGCAUUUGCCACAAGGUGUUUCCUGGGUCAUCCAAGCAGAAGACUUAAAAACUGAGUCUAGGAAAGAAAACCAUUCCAAUUCCUUUUCUGGUCCUGGUCCAUCUUGGUUUGAACCAUGGACCAGCACAAAGCCUUGGAGAGAGCCUCUCAGAGAGAAGAACUGGCAAGAGCAGCAGCACAGCCACAUGACCAAGCCAGCAGCUCAAGAUAGAUGUGCUGAGAGCAAGUCCUUGCGGCCAUCUGUGAAGCUCACACUGCAGGAGGCUCUUGCAGCACACCGCCCUGACUUCAUCUCCCGUUCGGGUGAGCGUGUGAAACGCCUGAAGCUUGUGAUGGAGGAGAGGAGGAUACAGAGUGUGCUGCAGUCUGAGCGAGAGGAGCUCUUUAAUCCUCCAGAGAAGAGAAAGGGCUACAGGAAUGCAAGUCACAUGCUGGCUGAGAGAGGCCUUCUGCUUAGAGAAGAGAGAAGAACAGUUCCAAGGAGUGAAAUGGUUCAGAGAUCUAAACGAAUCUAUGAGCAGCUGCCAGAGGUGCGGAAGAGAAGAGAAGAGGAGAAGAGGAAAGAGGAGUACAACUCAUACCGCCUGAGAGCACAGCUCUACACAAGGAAGAUCACCAACCGUGUCUUAGGGAGGAAGGUGCCUUGGGACUGAUAAACAUCUCCCCUGCAGGCGAAGCUGCAACCCGAAGGCGUUAACCACGUGAAAAAGAUGAUGCAGUAAACGCUUCUGCAGUGCGCGUGUGCAGCUGUCCACUGGUGUCGUUUUUGUACCGAUCUUGCCCUGUUUUGAAGAUAUUUAAGGAUCAGUGGUUUGGUGUGAAUGUCAGGGUUUGAAAUAACUGGCUUUGCUCUUUUGUAGUGGUGUUUUAUACUUCCAAAGUGAAUGUAGUCUUGGUUCCUGAUGUAUUUAUAGCUGCCUGAUGGCAGUAGCAGGGUUUGUAUAUUUAUUUUAAAUCCCUUUUUAACAAUGAUUUUUUUUUUUUUUCAUUUCUCAUCUCAGUGUCAAAAAUGUGCUGGUGAUAUUUUGUACUGCAAAAACCCCUUAAAUAAAUAACAUCACAUCACUUUGUAGUAA